UGAGCCUCAAACUCAACCAUCACCGCAACAAUGAAGUUCUUUUCCAAGAAGCAGGAUGUGGAACACAGUAAUAGUAGUACUGCUGUCCCAUCUGCAGCCAACUCGAUAGACAACCCAGGAGCACGACAAGCCGUCCUGGGCGAGAAGGAUUUCCACAAUGGCAAUGGAAGCAGUGCCAACACGAAAGUGCCCGCAAUCACGAUUCGAACUGUUAUUAUGGGAAUCUUGGUAGCAAUGGGAGGUUUUAUCUUCGGUUACGAUACCGGACAAAUCUCCGGAUUCCUCGAAAUGAAAGUCUUUCUUGAGCGAUUUGGUGAGAGGACAGAGGUUUCAGAAAAAUAUCCACAUGGAUUCUACUUCACCAACGUUCGAUCUGGUUUGAUCGUAGCUCUGCUAUCUAUCGGUACUCUCUUCGGUUGUCUAAUUGCUGGGCCAUUCGCCAACAAAUAUGGACGCAAAUGGUGCAUUCCCGUUUGGUGUCUGAUCUUCUGUAUCGGUGUCGUCGUUCAAAUGGCAGUCGGUCAAGGAAUGUGGGUUGGUAUUGUGAUGGGCAGAUGGGUAGCAGGUCUUGGAGUCGGAGGACUCUCCGUCCUCGUCCCUCUCUACAUGUCCGAAACCUCACCCGUCCCCGUCCGAGGAGCCGUAGUAUCCUGCUACCAACUCUUCAUCACCAUAGGUAUCUUCGUUGCAGACUGCAUCAACUUCGGCACCGAAGGCAUGCUCAACACCGGCUCGUACCGCAUCCCCAUGGGAAUCGGCUUCAUCUGGGCCAUCAUCCUCGGCGUCGGAAUCAUCUUCCUCCCUGAAUCCCCCCGCCACGACUGGAACCACGGCCGCUCCUCCAGAGCCACAACCACCAUGUCCAAGUUCUACGGACUCUCAGAGACUCACCCUCUCAUCCGAAACGAGACCGCCGAGAUCGAAAAAGUCAUGCAGGCCACCCAAGGCGACCACCCCUGGUACGAGGCCCUUACCGGACCACGCAUGUUCUACCGCAUCGCCCUCGCCAUGAGUCUUCAGAUGCUUCAACAGUUGACAGGAGCCAAUUAUUUUUUCUACUACGGCACAACCGUGUUCUCCGGCGUCGGUUUGGACAACUCCUACGUCACAGCCAUGAUCCUCGGCGGCGUCAACGUCGGCGCAACCUUUGCUGGCGUCUACCUCGCCCGCAACGGCCGCCGCCGCGAAUCCCUCUACAUCGGCGCCCUCUGGCAAUGCAUGUGUUUCCUGAUCUUCGCCUCCGUAGGCCAAUUCAUCUUCAAAGGCGCCGUGCCGGAAUCCUCCACGGCAAAAACAGCCGGCACAGUCAUGAUCGUUUUCGCUUGCCUGUUCAUCGUCUCUUUUGCUAUGACCUGGGGUCCACUCGUGUGGGCUUGCAUCGCAGAAAUGUUUCCUUACCGGUAUAGAGCCGUCGGCAUGGCUCUCGCUACUAGCGCGAACUGGAUCUGGAAUUUCAUGCUCGCGUUCUUCACGCCCUUCAUCACAGGCGAGAUCGAAUUCGCCUACGGCUACGUCUUUGCGGGGUGUAACCUCGCGGCUUUCUUCCUGGUGUAUUUCUUCCUGAUUGAAUCUUCCGGUAAGACGCUCGAGGAGGUCGAUGCUAUGUAUCUCUUGCAUGUCCGACCCCUUGGGAGUGGGAAAUUUGAGUUCGAUGAGGAGACUAGGGAGAAUAUUGGGCAGGGGGGACUUGGGACGGAUAAUAUGAGGUUGGAGGGGAAGGGGAGGAAUAUUAGGAAGGAGAGGGAGGCGGGGGUUGGGGGGGUGGUGCAGGAUGAGGGGUUGGGGGUGGGAGAGAGGGAUGGGAGGGGGGAGGUGAGGGAUGGGAGGGGGGAGGUGAGGGAUGAGACGGGGAGGAAUGCGCCGCCUAUGAGUGGUGGUGUGAGGGCGUAGAAAGUGGAGAGAAGUUGGUUUUUUUUUGUGUAUGAUUUUUGGAAGUGUUGCAUUGUUUGCGGGGCGGGAUUGGAGUUUGGGAAGCGAGUUUUUAUCUUGGAGGUGGGUGGUGACCCGAGUGGAUCUGUAUACAUAUUUCCUGUACAGUAUCUAGUUGGACAAAUAUGUCUAAACAAACAAAAGAAACCAAAACAAUUUUUCCGAA